UAUUUUUUUAUUUAUUUAAGAUAAAAUAAUGAAAAGCAGUGGCUUUGACGACUGUGUGCAACCCUAGCCAGGCUCUGUCUCUGCGACCUUCAUCUCCCGCCACCCUCUGGGAGAGCUUGCUUCAUUUCCGGCCAAAGAAAUUAUUCAGUCGUCUCAGCCUCAGCUCUCUCAGGGCAUCAUCAAUGGCUUCUGAGGAAUUGCUUCGCCAAGCACUGGCUGAUAAGUUAUCAGCUGUGGAAGCUCAAGGCAACAGCGUACGGGCUCUCAAAGCCUCCAAAGCCCCGAAGUCUGACAUCGAUGCUGCCAUCCAAGCUCUCAAUGCCCUCAAGCUCGAGAAGACUUCUCUUGAGAGAGACCUUCAAGCCACCGUCACUGGAACCGGUGCUGAUGGCUCCGUUAGCAGGGAAGAAUUCCGUCAGUUGGUUUCCAACACAUUAGAGCGCCGUCUAUUUUAUAUUCCUUCCUUCAAGAUUUAUCGUGGUGUUGCUGGACUUUAUGACUAUGGCCCCCCAGGUUGCGCUGUCAAGUCUAAUGUCCUUUCCUUUUGGCGUCAGCAUUUUGUUCUUGAGGAGAACAUGUUGGAGGUUGACUGUCCCUGUGUCACCCCAGAGGUUGUUCUCAAAGCAUCUGGUCAUGUUGAUAAAUUUACUGACCUUAUGGUUAAAGAUGAGAAAACUGGGACUUGCUAUCGGGCCGAUCACUUGCUCAAGGACUUCUGCAGUGAAAAGCUUCAAAAAGACCUUUCCAUAACUGCCAAGGAGGCUGCAGAACUGAAGCGCAUACUUGCUGUUUUGGAUGAUCUUUCAGCUGAAGAGCUGGGUGCCAAACUUAAGGAGUAUGGCAUUACAGCUCCAGACACUAAGAAUCCACUUUCUGAUCCAUAUCCAUUCAAUCUUAUGUUCCAAACAUCAAUAGGCCCAUCUGGCUUGAGCCCUGGGUUCAUGCGGCCAGAAACUGCACAGGGCAUAUUUGUUAACUUCAAAGACUUGUACUAUUACAAUGGGAACAAGCUUCCUUUUGCUGCUGCUCAAAUUGGCCAGGCUUUCAGAAAUGAGAUUUCUCCUCGACAAGGGCUUCUGAGAGUUCGUGAAUUUACACUUGCUGAGAUUGAACACUUUGUGGAUCCCGAAGACAAAUCUCACCAAAACUUUGCAGAAGUUGCAAAAUUGGAGUUUCUAAUGUUCCCAAGGGAAGAACAAAUGUCUGGCGAGUCUGCGAAGAAAAUUUGUCUGGGUGAUGCAGUUGCCAGGGGAAUUGUUAAUAAUGAAACUCUCGGCUACUUUAUUGGGAGAGUUUAUCUUUUCCUCACUCGUCUUGGUAUAAACGAAGAACGUUUACGGUUCCGCCAGCACCUUGCAAAUGAAAUGGCUCACUAUGCUUGUGACUGUUGGGAUGCUGAGAUUGAGUGUUCCUAUGGUUGGAUUGAGUGUGUAGGUAUUGCGGACAGGUCUGCAUUUGAUUUGCGUGCUCAUACAGAAAAAAGUGGUGUUGCCCUUGUUGCAGCUGAAAAAUUUUCAGAACCAAGAGAAGUGGAGUCAUUGGUUAUAACUCCUGUGAAGAAAGAGCUAGGACUUGCAUUCAAGGGAAAGCAAAAAAAUGUUGUUGAAGCUUUGGAGGCAAUGAAAGAGGAAGAAGCUUUGGAGAUGAAAGCCAAUUUGGAAACGAAAGGAGAGAUGGAGUUUUAUGUGUGCACACUUGAGAAAAAUGUUUCCAUUACGAAGAGCAUGGUGACAAUUUCCAAGGAGAAAAAGAAAGUACACCAAAGGGUCUUCACCCCAUCAGUAAUCGAACCAUCUUUUGGUAUCGGUCGGAUUAUAUAUUGCCUGUAUGAGCAUUCUUUCUACACCAGACCAAGCAAAGCUGGUGAUGAACAAUUGAACGUGUUUCGGUUUCCCCCACUUGUUGCCCCUAUCAAAUGCACAGUCUUUCCACUUGUUCAGAAUGAAAAGUAUGAGAAGGUUGCCAAAGUCAUUUCCAAGUCACUGACUGUAGCUGGAAUUUCUCAUAAAAUCGACAUUACAGGUACCUCAAUCGGGAAAAGAUACGCCAGAACAGAUGAACUCGGGGUACCCUUUGCAGUCACAGUUGAUUCGACCACAUCUGUGACCAUCAGGGAGAGAGACAGCAAGGAUCAAAUCCGCGUCAAUGUGGAAGAUGCAGCUGCAGUAGUAAAGGAUGUAUCGGAGGGUCUCACGACAUGGGCGGACGUGUGGGCGUCAUUUCCUCACCAUUCUUCUGCCGCUGCAGAUGAUUGAGUUCAGUUUCAUCACUCAUUUUGAGUUUUAAGAAUUUUACACAUUACUUUUAAUUUUGGGAGUGUUUUUUUUCCUCUUAAUUGUGUGACAUUGUUACAGAUGAAAACCCAGAACCCAUAUCAUGUAACAAUAACCUGAUAGGGAAAAAAACAAUAUUCAAUACUUGCAAAUUUGAUAAUCUAGACAACUAUACAAUGUUAUAAUAAGGCUAAUUUAACCUUUUUUUUUAGGUA